UCACAUGACUCAAGAUAAGUGUCCCUAGUCGUGUCUUAGUUUUGAAAUUAAAGAUAAGCGUCCCUAGUUGCAGCAGAGUUUGAAACUCAAGAUAAGUGUCCUACUUCUACUUGCAUGUGGCACCUAUGUAUGUGUUUCCACGGAUUCCAUUAUAGACAGAGAGAGUCACUGCCACUGGUCAUCACUACCUCAUCACUUCAGUCAUCACACAGUGUCAGUGUCAGUGUCUUCUAUCUCUUUAUCGUAGAGAGUGAGAGAGUGAGAGCAAUUCUGAGAAAACCCAUCAAUGGCUUUCUCCACCAGGCUUGACAACUUCAUCCUUUCUGCAUUUAAGCCCCAAAACUCCAUUGUCUCACCUUCAAUCCAACCUUCCUCGUACUUCCCAUGUCAUUCUUCAUUCAAAGUUCAAAAGUUGCCUUUCGGAAUCCGCUAUAGUCCAAUUAUCAGGGCCACUUCGUCAUCCUCAUCUCCUCCCACAACCAUUGCCGAACCUGAAGGCAUUAAGAUUAACUCGAUUCCAACCAAACCCAUAGAAGGACAAAAAACUGGUACCAGCGGGCUUCGAAAGAAGGUGAAAGUGUUUAUGCAAGAGAAUUACCUCGGAAAUUGGAUCCAGGCACUGUUUAAUUCAUUGCCUCCAGAGGAUUAUAAGAAUGGUUUGUUGGUGUUGGGAGGUGAUGGUCGAUACUUCAACCGGGAAGCUGCGCAGAUAAUAAUUAAAAUUGCUGCUGGGAAUGGUGUUGGACAAAUUCUGGUUGGAAAGGAAGGUAUAUUGUCAACACCAGCUGUUUCUGCUGUCAUAAGGAAGAGGAAGGCAAAUGGUGGAUUUAUUAUGAGUGCAAGCCAUAAUCCUGGUGGCCCUGAGUAUGAUUGGGGUAUUAAGUUUAACUACAGUAGUGGACAACCUGCACCAGAAUCCAUUACCGACAAGAUUUAUGGAAACACCCAAUCAAUAUCUGAGAUAAAGAUAGCUGACAUUCCUGAUGUUGACUUAUCAAAUGUUGGGGUUACAAAGUAUGGAAGCUUCAGUGUGGAAGUAAUAGACCCAGUUUCUGACUAUCUGGAGCUAUUGGAGACAGUAUUUGAUUUUCAACUAAUCAAAGGUCUUCUUUCACUGCCGGAUUUUAGGUUCGUAUUUGAUGCCAUGCAUGCAGUUACUGGUGCUUAUGCAAAACCCAUCUUCGUUGAUAAACUUGGAGCUAGUCUGGAUUCACUUUCAAAUGGAAUUCCUUUGGAAGAUUUUGGACAUGGUCAUCCUGAUCCAAAUCUAACAUAUGCGAAGGAUCUUGUCAACAUUAUGUAUGCUGAAAAUGGACCUGAUUUUGGAGCUGCCAGUGAUGGUGAUGGUGAUAGAAAUAUGAUUUUAGGAAAAAGUUUCUUUGUAACUCCUUCAGACUCUGUAGCAGUUAUUGCAGCCAAUGCAAAAGAAGCGAUUCCGUACUUCAAGAACAGUGUUAAGGGUCUUGCUCGAUCAAUGCCCACAAGCGGUGCUCUGGAUCGUGUUGCUGAAAAGUUGAACCUCCCUUUCUUUGAGGUCCCCACUGGUUGGAAAUUUUUUGGGAAUCUUAUGGAUGCUGGGAAUUUGUCAAUUUGCGGGGAAGAGAGUUUUGGAACAGGUUCUGACCACAUUCGUGAGAAGGACGGCAUCUGGGCUGUCCUAGCUUGGCUUUCUAUUAUUGCACAACGCAACAAGGACAAGAAGCCAGGGGAGAAAUUGAUCUCUGUAUCUGAUGUUGUGAAGGAGCACUGGGCAACAUACGGAAGAAAUUUUUUUUCUAGAUAUGACUACGAGGAAUGUGAAUCGGAAGGUGCCAAUAAGAUGAUAGCAUACCUACGAGAGUGUGUGUCUAAGAGCAAGCCUGGUGAUAAGUAUGGUAAUUAUGUCCUUCAGUUUGCGGAUGAUUUUACGUACACUGAUCCUGUAGAUGGAAGUGUAGUAUCAAAACAAGGUGUUCGGUUUGUUUUUACAGAUGGUUCAAGGAUUAUAUAUCGUUUAUCAGGAACGGGUUCUGCAGGUGCAACUGUUAGAGUGUACAUUGAACAGUUUGAACCAGAUGUCUCUAAACAUGAUGUUGAUGCCCAGAUUGCCUUAAAACCAUUAAUAGAUUUAGCAUUAUCCGUGUCAAAGCUCAAAGACUUCACAGGGAGGGAGAAGCCUACAGUCAUCACAUAAUGUACAAUUCCACAAUCACUUAUCAAGUUGUCAUAUAUCAAGGUGUAUAAGUUGAGUGCAUACGCAGGUUGUUUGUUUGUCACGCCUAUCCUUGUUAGAGCUCGAGUUCGAUCCAUUUGUCAGCUUCAGUUUUGGUUAUUCAAGCAUUUUGGAGCAACAGGCCCCUCUGUAAAAUAUUAUGGUCUUUUAUAUUAAUGAGCAAAAAAUGAAGUAUCACUAUUGUGUAACAAAAUAAUAAUAAUAAUAAUUGUUACAAUAAUAACAAUAUAAUCUUUCAUAGUUUUGCCCAA